CUAAUAAUGAACGCCAAAUAAUAUUUGCUAUCCUAGAAUGACAGUGAGUUUUGUACUUAUCAAUGACACCUUCCCUUCUGUCCUCUCGAGUUGUGCUGGUUUUCAAAGGGGGUGUGUGAGUGGGUGAAGUUCUCUUGUCUUGUCUCAAUAAUGAGCAAAUAUCUAUGCGCACGGUGCCACCCAAGAACAUCGGAACCACAGCGCGUUUUCCAGAGCAUCAGCAAUUGAAUUAUCAGAGAAUAUUCUGAUAUACAUCAUCCAGCGAUUCAAAAUCAAGAAGCCUGUCGAAAAUCAAUUAAGAUGCCGAUCAGGCCGAAUCCUAGGCUAGUGAGGCCCAUUCUUCAAAGUCUGCAGCCUCAGCAGCGGUCUAAAACAGCAUCGUCGUAUUAUUCGACCUCUUCAUCAUCACCAAGCACAGCAUCAAAAGGGGUAAAGCUUGAGAUACCCAAGGACUCAAUUGUCUUCUCCGGCAUCCAGCCGAGCGGGAUCCCACACCUGGGUAACUACCUCGGAGCUCUGCGGCAAUGGCGACGCCUACAGGACUCGGCCGCGGACGAGACCAGUUUGUUCUUUUCCGUCGUGGACCUGCACGCCAUAACCAUGCCGCAAAAGGCUGAGCAGUUAAGGCAGUGGAGGAGGGAGGCUUUGGCUGCACUUUUGGCUAUUGGCCUGGACCCGAAGAGGUCUGUGAUUUUUUACCAAUCUGCUGUCCCAUCGCAUUCAGAGCUAAUGUGGCUCCUGAGCUGCAAUGCCUCGACGGGAUAUCUCUCACGUAUGACGCAGUGGAAGAGCAAAUUGGAUCUAGGUAACGGCGAAAAGCUGUCUCUAGACGACAAGAAGGUCAAGGCAAAGCUUAAGUUGGGACUGUUCUCAUAUCCAGUCCUCCAAGCCGCGGAUGUCCUAGUUCACAGAGCCACUCAUGUUCCCGUCGGAGAGGAUCAGGCUCAGCAUCUAGAAUUUGCCCGAGAAUGCGCAACAAACUUCAAUGCCAUAUACGGCAAACACCUUGUUGCUCCUGAAACCAUAAUAUCACCAACAAGCAAAGUCAUGUCCCUUCGUGACCCAACCCAAAAGAUGUCCAAGUCCCACGCGGAUCCCCGGUCCCGCAUCACCCUGACUGACAGUGCAGACGAGAUUCGCGCCCGCAUCAAGACGGCCCUGACCGACAGCAUCGGCACCGUCUACUACGACCCGGUGGGCCGCCCCGGCGUCGCCAACCUGUUUGAGCUGCUCAGCACGUUUGGCAAGAGCGGCUUGGAAGCGGCCGAGCUGGGGGCGGAGGGCGGGCCCCUUUACGGCGCUUCCAUUCAGGAGCUCAAGGGUGCAGUGGCCGAUGCCGUCGUAGAGGGCCUCGCGGGCAUCCGGGAACGAUACCUGGAUAUCCUGGCCAAGGAUGACGGCAAGUAUCUGGACGAGGUUGCACUCGAGGGCGCCGUCAAGGCACGCGCAAAUGCCGAAAAGACUAUGGAGGUUGUGCGCGCUGCCAUUGGGUUUGCGUGAUGGCAGUAAAGAGCGCUUUGCUGCCAGUUUACGUCGAGGUGUCCGUGGCGACUUCUUUGUGUAUUCACCACACAGCCCACGCAUAUAAUUUGUAUUUGUAACCUUUCAUUGACAUCAUAUAGAAGCGGUUGUCUAUAGGAUGGCCGUGUGUAGAUGUGACGUGUAACUUUAUUAUUUUAGAUCUCUACGUCUUACGCAUAGCUGCGAUUCGUUG